AUGGAUUUCUCUCUCUUAUCAGAGACCUUGAACUCCAAAUCGUAUGAAAAGGUCGCCGAUAUCUGUGACGAACACAUGCUUCAGGUCGCAGCCGAGGGCGUUGCUUUUCAGGACGACUGGCCCUACGCCAUUCAUCUUCUCGGUCACAUUUACGCUGGUGAUAUUAAUAGCAUGCGGUUUCUUUGGAAAUCAAUGCCUGCCACAGUCAAAGAGGGCAAUCCAGAAGUCAUUGCUGCUUGGAAAAUUGGCCAGAAAUUGUGGGUGCGAGACUAUGGGGGUGUGUAUGAAGCUAUUCGUGGAUAUGACUGGAGUCAGGAAGCUCAAGGUCUAGUUGCAGCCUUUUCAGAUCUUUACACAAAGAAUAUGUUUCAGCUCCUGCAGUCUGCCUAUUCUACAAUAAGCAUCCAAGAUACAGCUCUCUUCCUUGGAAUGAGCGAGGAUGAUGCCACAACUUUUGUACAACAGCAAGGUUGGGCUGUGGACCCUGCAUCUCAAAUGCUUACUGUGAAGAAGCAGCCCAUUGUUACAGAGCAGAAACUGGAUGCCAGAAAAUUGCAGAACUUGACAGAAUAUGUAUUCCAUCUAGAGCAUUGA